AUGGCAGUGAGAUUGGAACAAAUAGGAAAAGCCUAUAAAUGUGUAUUAGAAAUAAUAGAUGUUGAAAAUAAAGAUGGAGGAAAAUAUAAAAUUACUGCAAAAAAUGACCUUGGUGAAGCUAAUUCAACAAUCAAUCUUAAUUUGGAUACGGAAGAAGAUGAAGAAGAGGAAGAUGAAGGAAAACCUGCAUUCUUGGGAAAACCAGUUAUAAAGCAGUCUAAUGAUUUCAAAGAUAUAUCAUUUGUUUGCAAAUUAACUGCAGAUCCAAAACCAGUUAUGCAAUGGUAUCAUAAAGGAUCUCCCCUUAAGGAUGGUGGUCGUUAUAAGUAUAGUUUAACAUUAGAAAAAAAUGUAUAUAUUGCAUCUUUAACUGUCUUCCAAGUAGGGGAUGUAGAUGAGGGUGAUUAUAAAGUCAUUGCUAAAAACUCUGCAGGCGAGAGUUUUGCAACUAUUAAUCUUAAUUUUGAAGGUAAGAAUUUACUGUCUUAUCUCAAGAAUAUUGGUUUUUUACAUUUAUAUACAUAAAUGUGUAUAUUCAAUGUAAAUAUAUAUCUAAAAAUCAAUAUAUAUACUGUAGAGCAAACUACUUAUAAUACAACUUUCAGCAGUUACAUUUCUCACAAAUAUAAACAUUUUUGGUCUUGUAAUGUUAUAAAUAUAAGCUUGCU